ACGGGGCGGAGAGAACGGGGACCGCAGGGAGCGAGCGAGGGGGCGGGCGAGCCGGGUUCCGGAGAUCCGAGAGCAGGCUUCGAGAGGGGCGGAGAGCGGCGGCCGGGCGAACGGGGAGGGAAAGCCCGGCGGGCUCCGCGCCGCCGCCCGCUGCACGGCGCUCUCUCGGGACCGCCAGCCCGCACGGCCCCGCAGCCUUCCGGGAGGAAGCGGCGCAGGCAGCGGCCCGGGCCGCGCUCGGGCUCCCUCACCUGCCGGCGUCCGGCGGCUCCCCCGGCGGGACGCGCGCAGGCCGGGCGCGGAGGAGGAGAGAAGACCGGCCUCCCGCGCCGCAGCCCAGCCGCACGGGAGCGCGUCGGAGCCCGCGCGGGGCGCCGGCUCCAUGGCGACCGGGCUCGGGGAGCUGGUCUACGGACUUUCGGAAGACGAGGGAGAGUCCCGUAUUCUCAGAGUGAAGGUUGUUUCUGGAAUUGAUCUCGCCAAAAAGGACAUCUUUGGAGCCAGUGAUCCAUAUGUGAAACUUUCACUGUACGUAGCGGAUGAGAAUAGAGAACUCGCUUUGGUACAGACAAAAACAAUUAAAAAGACGCUGAACCCAAAGUGGAAUGAAGAAUUUUAUUUUAGAGUAAACCCGUCUAAUCACAGACUCCUGUUUGAAGUAUUUGAUGAAAACAGAUUGACGCGGGACGACUUCCUGGGACAGGUGGACAUACCCCUCAGUCAUCUCCCGACAGAAGAUCCGACCAUGGAGCGACCCUAUACGUUUAAGGAUUUUCUCCUUAGACCAAGAAGUCAUAAAUCUCGAGUUAAGGGAUUUUUGCGAUUGAAAAUGGCCUAUAUGCCAAAAAAUGGAGGUCAAGAUGAAGAAAACAGUGAGCAGAGGGAUGACAUGGAGCAUGGCUGGGAGGUCGUAGACUCGAAUGACUCGGCCUCUCAGCACCAGGAGGAGCUCCCUCCCCCUCCGCUGCCCCCGGGCUGGGAAGAGAAGGUGGACAAUCUCGGUCGUACCUAUUACGUCAACCACAACAACCGGACCACUCAGUGGCACCGACCGAGCUUGAUGGACGUGUCCUCCGAGUCGGACAGCAACAUCAGGCAGAUCAACCAGGAGGCGGCGCACCGGCGCUUCCGCUCGCGCAGGCACAUCAGCGAGGACCUGGAGCCCGAGCCCAGCGAGGGUGGAGACGGCCCAGAGCCUUGGGAGACCAUUUCCGAAGAAGUGAACAUCACUGGAGACUCCCUCAAUCUGUCACUGCCCCCACCGCCAUCGUCUCCAGUGUCUCGGACCAGCCCUCAGGAGCUGUCUGAGGAACUGAGCAGAAGGCUUCAGAUCACUCCAGACUCCAAUGGGGAGCAGUUUGGUUCUUUGAUUCAAAGAGAGCCGUCCUCGAGGUUGCGGUCCUGCAGUGUCACCGAUGCGGUCGCCGAGCAGGCUCACCUACCACCGCCCAGUGCCCCAGCUAGCAGACCGCGGUCAUCAACUGUCACAGGUGGUGAGGAGCCAAUGCCAUCAGUGGCCUAUACACACACCACGCCGGGCCUCCCUUCAGGCUGGGAAGAGAGAAAAGAUGCUAAGGGACGCACGUACUAUGUCAAUCAUAACAAUCGAACCACAACUUGGACUCGACCUAUCAUGCAGCUUGCCGAAGACGGUGCGUCCGGAUCCGCCACAAACAGUAACAACCACCUAAUCGAGCCUCAGAUCCGCCGGCCCCGUAGCCUCAGCUCGCCGACUGUAACCUUAUCUGCCCCGCUGGAGGGUGCCAAGGAUUCGCCCAUACGUCGGGCUGUGAAAGAUACCCUUUCCAACCCACAGUCCCCACAGCCAUCACCUUACAACUCCCCCAAACCACAACACAAAGUCACACAGAGCUUCCUGCCGCCUGGCUGGGAAAUGAGGAUAGCGCCCAACGGCCGGCCCUUCUUCAUUGACCAUAACACAAAGACUACAACAUGGGAAGAUCCACGCCUGAAAUUUCCAGUGCAUAUGCGGUCAAAGGCAUCUUUAAACCCCAAUGACCUCGGCCCCCUUCCUCCUGGUUGGGAAGAAAGAAUUCACUUGGAUGGCCGAACGUUUUAUAUUGACCAUAAUAGCAAAAUUACUCAGUGGGAAGACCCAAGACUGCAGAAUCCAGCUAUUACUGGUCCGGCUGUUCCUUACUCCAGAGAAUUUAAGCAGAAAUAUGACUACUUUAGGAAGAAAUUAAAGAAACCUGCUGAUAUUCCAAAUAGGUUCGAAAUGAAACUUCACAGGAAUAACAUCUUUGAAGAGUCCUAUCGGAGGAUCAUGUCUGUGAAAAGACCAGACGUCCUGAAAGCUAGACUGUGGAUCGAAUUUGAAUCAGAGAAAGGUCUUGACUAUGGAGGUGUAGCCAGAGAGUGGUUCUUCCUACUGUCCAAAGAGAUGUUCAACCCCUACUACGGGCUUUUUGAGUAUUCUGCAACGGACAACUACACACUUCAGAUCAAUCCCAAUUCAGGCCUCUGUAAUGAAGACCAUUUGUCCUAUUUCACUUUUAUUGGAAGAGUUGCUGGUCUGGCAGUAUUUCAUGGGAAACUUUUAGAUGGUUUCUUCAUUAGACCGUUUUACAAAAUGAUGUUGGGAAAGCAGAUAACUCUGAAUGACAUGGAAUCAGUGGAUAGUGAAUAUUACAACUCUUUGAAAUGGAUCUUGGAAAAUGAUCCUACCGAACUGGACCUCAUGUUUUGUAUCGAUGAAGAAAACUUCGGACAGACCUAUCAAGUGGAUCUGAAGCCCAAUGGGUCAGAAAUAAUGGUGACAAAUGAAAACAAGAGGGAAUAUAUUGACUUGGUCAUCCAGUGGAGGUUUGUAAACAGGGUCCAGAAGCAAAUGAACGCCUUCUUGGAGGGAUUCACAGAACUGCUUCCUAUUGAUUUGAUUAAAAUUUUUGAUGAAAAUGAGCUGGAGUUGCUGAUGUGCGGCCUUGGAGAUGUGGAUGUGAACGACUGGAGACAACAUUCUAUUUACAAGAAUGGCUACUGCCCAAACCACCCUGUCAUUCAGUGGUUCUGGAAGGCUGUGCUGCUCAUGGACGCCGAGAAGCGGAUCCGGUUACUGCAGUUCGUCACGGGGACGUCCCGAGUCCCUAUGAAUGGCUUCGCCGAACUUUAUGGUUCCAAUGGUCCUCAGCUGUUUACAAUAGAGCAAUGGGGGAGUCCUGAAAAACUGCCCAGAGCUCACACCUGCUUCAAUCGCCUUGACUUACCUCCAUAUGAAACCUUUGAAGAUUUACGAGAGAAGCUUCUCAUGGCUGUGGAAAACGCUCAAGGAUUUGAGGGGGUGGAUUAAGCGCGGCCCCCCCGGCCUCCGGCCUCCGGGGUGGUUGUUCCUCGAGCAAGUCCUGCUUGCACUUUUGCAUUUGCCUAACAACAGACUUUGCAGAGACCAGGCGGAAGAGCAGCCUUGGGCGUGGCUCCUUUAGCUGAGCCUUCUCGAGCCUUCGCCCGUGACUUGCCCAGGUUCAGACGUGGCAGCCCGGUCCCAGGUCGCGUUCCUGCAUUUUCCACCACGAAUUACCAACUGGUUGACGUGUACACUAAUUACAUUUCAGGAGGACUUAAUUCUAUUUAUGUUGUGCCUCUGUAGGCAAAGCCCUUAAUAAAUAUUUUACAUACUUUAUAAUGACAAUGAAUGGAAUUAAUCACCCUACAGGUAUAGUAUUACAACUCAUGUUUACUUUUUAAAAUGAUUUAGACCGAUUUUCAGAUUUUAUUUCGUUACAAUUAAAGAUGUCUCGUGUCCUUGGAAAAGUGAGCAUAUUUUUUUUUGUAUUUUUGAAUUUCAUACCAGGUUUAAUGUCAGUGACAUUUUUUAUUUUUGAAGUACUUUGAGCACCCCCCCCCCCACUUUAUUAGAAUUGGAGGACUGAUUUUUGUCCUAAAACCUUCUACGGACAAGUACUUUGAGAGCAUUUAAAAUAUAACAUUAGGCAUAAUGAUAAUUUUCUCCAUACUCAGAAUGCAAACGAACUGGAUAUUACAUUCUUUUUGUACAAAUUUAGCACACUCGUUACAGGCGGAGAGAACUGUAACACAGCAUGACAUUCGGUGUUGACUUGAAGGAAUCCCACCAUUACCCCUUAGAAGUAAUUACGUGUGCCAGAACGCCUUUGAGACAGAGUUGGACUAGCCUUUCUCAGAGGAGAAAUUACUUACCCUUCCCUGACACUGUACAGUCCUUCUCUUCUCACCUUUUCUUUUUUGCUGUUCGUCGUAGAGACGUUUGAAUGAACCGUGGCACCGCUUGAUUUGAAACUGUGGAAACCAGAGAUCUGUUUCGUGUCUUACCUGUACGCGUUGGCUAAUGGUCGCUAAAUAACCAAUUUUUGUUCUCACUGCACCAAUUCGGAAGGCACUUUAUGUAUACAUGGAGGUCAUAUCUGGUUCUGUUGAUGUUUGGGUUUUUGUUGGUUUUUUUUUUUGUUUUUUGUUUUUUUUUUACCAUAGACAUUCAAUGUGAUGAUUAUUUCUUCUCCCUGCGCGCAUCUUUCCGGUGCAAUGUCGAUCCGUUGUGACCUGGCUGCUGGUGUAUAACACCUGGCUGUCAAGCUGAGCCCUCACACCUGUCCUCAGCCAUUGUUCUGUGGUUUCUCCGCAACCACCCAGAUUUAUGGAAUGCACGCUGAAUCUAACCGGGUCUCGUCACCUCAGACAUGUCGCAUGCUUCAACACUGUGUCCUGCCUGAGUGCUGUCUGUUCUGUGCUGGACUAAAAGUGAGCGGGAAUUUGGAUUUGACCCCCACCAUCCGUGGGGCCGUUCAGCUGGCCGUGGCGGAGGUGGAGGGUUCCGCGCACUUGGAUUCUGUGCCGCUUGUAUGAGUGUUAGUCGCAGAAUUCCGUGGUGUUUUGAGAGCAUCAUGGGAGUUCAGCAGCCCUGCUGUCCUUUUAACCUGUGUUGUCCUAAACCCUGUCGUGACAGUCAGGGGGCUCUAGAGAUUUGAUCUCUUGUCAGUCAUGGAUAAGGCAGAAAAUCCUGGUUCCGGGGCCUCCCCGUUUGUCAUGUAAGAAAGACCUUUAGGUGUAAGAAAUUCAUUGUUACCCGGCUCUGGUUGGCUUGUGAAAAACCCUGAAUGUUCGUGGUUAUAAACGAGCUGUCUUAAGAGGUGCAGAGGUCAGAGGUGUCUGAGAGAAGGUGCAUUCCUAUAGAGCUGAGGAUUGGCUCCCUUUUCCUGUUGAUUUAAAAAUCUCCAAUAGUGAUCAGAGAACUUAGAUGUUGUGUGAUCAGAAGAAAACCACCUUGCUCAUUAUUUUUCUCUGUUCGUGGGAUUUUUUUCCCCUGCAGUCAAUAUAUUAACAAACGUCUCAUGGAAAAACCCCCUUUGUGUUACCCCGCCUGGCCCAGAGGGCUUUCUUUCUAGGACUCACGCCAAAGCCAGGGCUUGGAUGGAUUCUGAGAGUGAUCAUGUCAUUAGAGAGGAGAAAGGCCGCAAUUCUAGUUGAAGAACUGGGAUUCUGUCAUUUUACAGACUGUAUAUUUACAAAAUCAGAAUAUUCAGUGUAAAUGCAAAUUAGGCAGUGUUAAAAAAUAUAUAUAUAUGAAAGAAAAAUUCAAGAUCAUUUCUGCGCCAGGAACAGAUAGGAAUUGUCGAACUAUACCCCUAUGAAUACUUGAAAGACUGUAAUUGUGACGGGCCGGUCAGUUCAUCUACCGCUGAAUGCCGGACUCAGUGACGGCUGGAUAACGCUGGGUUUGGGGUUUGUUUCUGUUUUGUUUGGCUUUUGAUCCACGUGAGAUUCCCUCAUCUCAACAAUUCUCAGUGUUUCACUCUUUGUCUAGAAUAGUCCUAGAUCUUGUUUUGUCUAAAUGCUGACACCCACUCUCCGAUGUCUUCAGGACAGAGUCCCGGUGGCGGUUAGCAGCAGGCUGCUGGUCCUUCCGGUCAGCAGACCCCGGGAAGGGGGGCAGGAUGGGCUGCCUCUUCUAGUUACCCUUCCCUCUGGCACUUCUCCCAAGUCCAGGGGCUCUGCGCCCUCUGUUCCCUUAGAAAUUACCCAGAUCUGGCUUUUUUUUAGUUCCCUGAAGAAGGUACAGUUACUAUGGGUCAUUUUGCCCCGAGGUUAGAAGCUAGUUCCAGAGUUCACAGUUGCCUGUGGACAUGAGUUAUCACGCCUGCCUGGAGGUCCUGGGUGUUUCUGUCCCUGUCCCUUGUUGGACUGCAGGCGAAUUUGGAAAGUCUGAAUUAGCCUCAGAUCGUGUGCUGCUUUUCUGCCGACUGCCUCGGGAACAGGAAACCAUGAGGCAUUUGUCUGCUUUAAAGUUGUAUUCAGCUUUGAAACAUUUUCCAUUAUGUACUUCUCUAUAGCCAGUCCUGUACCAAAUCACAAGAAUGUAAGAUGCUUCUUUGAGUUUUGUUUACAAGGCCCUUUGGUCGAACAUCAGAUUUUCCCUGUGGUCAGAUGGCAAAUGCUCUAAAGCGACUGACUUGGGUUAUUCCACCCACAUAAGGGUGCAGUGACAGAUUCUGAGAAAUGGUUGGCAAAAUAUUUGAACCACUUUCUGCAUCUCACAUUGUUAAAUAGACAACAUGUACCGUGGCUGUGUGGUCUUGCCAGAUCCAGGCUGACUCUCUUGAAAGCCAAGUUCAUAUGCAGCAAAUGACUAAUUGUUCUAACAGUUAACUAAUUGUUUAACACUUGACUCUAGCAUUUUCCUGAGUCUUGUAUCUCACCUCUGAACUUUUAAAAUCUAUAGAGAGCGUGGGUUAAUCAGUUCUUCAGCGCCCUCCCCGCUGUUGCUAGCCACCUUCUUUCUUUUCCUCUUUCCUCUGCACCCCCCUUAUUGACGGGGAGAGGAGGGCACUACUGUCUGGUAUCAUUUCCUGCCUUGUCGGUAGGGGGCGCUGCUGCGCAGGGUGCCUGCCUGGUCCACUCCCUUCCUGGCCCCCAGGAAAUGGAGCACUACCUCUUGUCUCCUUCAGGCUUUGGGGUACAUCCUGAGAAGUCAUGUCAAAACUGCCAAUUUCGGGUCUGAGAUGCGUUUUUAAAAAUCCUUAUGAACUCUACUUUGUACUUUAGAUUUUAAAACUGGGAAGACAAUGUGAUAUACUUUGGACCACUUUUUAAUUUAUCUAAGCCUUAAUGAACAGUGUAUAUACACUCGCACACGCACGCCCCACCCCUAGAGUGUUUUCAGUGUCAGAAACAAUGCUGUAGCAUUAGGACGUGAGCUUGUGUAAUGUUUUAUUUCAGAAAAGGAUAGCUUUCUGUCUGUAUGAAAUUUUCCAAGAAAACCUUGUCAUUGGAAAUCUAUCCUUGGGGAAAGAUGUUGUGCGCAGAGCAACGCAUGUUUAAAAUGCAUGUCUUCUUGUUCGUUGGGCUUGUGUUUCUAAGGAGUCUCAAUAGGAAUCUAACAGCAUUGGCUACAAACCUCUCUGUACUGCAUCUCAGCCUCGCAUCAGAGCAUUGAAAGCCUUUCCGAUGACCAUAACCCCGUGUCCGCAGACAUCUGUUCCUAUGUACGCCAGUUCGCCCUUUCACUCGGACUGAUCUCACCUAGAUUGUCACGGUUUCCUUCAUGUGAACUUUGCGUAACUUUGUUUUCCUUUACUACUACUUAUGUGAGAUGUCUAUACACAUAUACGUACAUAUGCUGUCCAAAUAUAUAUGUAUAUAUUUGUAUAGCAUUUUUACACCUUUCUCAAGUAAUCUGGUUUCGAAAGGGAGUGAGAGCUUAGCUCUCCUACAGUUUCCUCCAAGCUGUGUCCUGAGAUUUCUGACCCUCAGAGCCCGAGAGGGACCCCAGGAAAAUGAUGCUAAUGUGCUGUCAUUCCGUAAUUCAGGAUCUUUUUCCAAAUGAAACAUGAAAAAAAAAAGUGAC